AUGCCGCCCUUCAACUGGGACAAGACCAAGGGCUACUCGAAGCGCGGCUUCGACAAAGCAUGGAAAACCGUCGACAAACUCGGCGGCCCCGUCAACCGGCUCUCCAACCGCCUAGGCGCCGAGGCCUUCUGGCCCAUGUCCCUCGACAAAGAGAGCGACAAGGCCGCGCGCAUCCUGCGCAGCUUCUGUAAGGAUGGCUUCUAUGCCCCCGAGUCGGAGGUGACGACCGAUGACCAGGGCAAGAUUAAUCGGCCCAAGGGCAAGCAGCGUGUUAUCAAAAAGAUCCCCUCCAAUGUCCUGAAGCAGGCCAAGGGUAUAGCUGUGUUCACGACGAUGCGCACCGGGCUCUGGAUGAGCGGAUCGGGUGGGAGUGGUGUGCUUCUUGCGCGGAUACCCGAAACCGGUGAAUGGAGUCCGCCAUCGGGGAUUAUGUUGCAUACCGCUGGCAUUGGAUUCUUGGCUGGUGUCGAUAUAUAUGAUUGCGUGGUGAUCAUCAAUACAAUCGAGGCGCUCGAGGCCUUCAAGAAGGUGCGCUGUACGCUGGGUGGCGAGGUCAGUGCCGCUGCUGGGCCGGUUGGUAUGGGCGGCGUGCUGGAUUCCGAGGUACACAAACGCCAGUCGCCGAUUUGGACUUAUAUGAAGAGCAAAGGCCUCUAUGCCGGAGUGGCCGUCGACGGAACCAUUAUCAUCGAACGCACCGACGAGAACGAGCGGUUUUAUGGUGAACGCAUCUCAGUCACCGAUAUCCUGGCCGGCAAAGUCAGAUUCCCGCCCGACUCCAUCAACACACUUCUCCAAACCAUCAAGGCAGCACAAGGCGAUUCCGACGUCGACGUGAGUCUUGUCGCGCCGGCGGGCGAAACACCCGGCGACAUCGAGCUUCCAGAAGAUGACAGUCAACCUUUUGGCGUGCCGGCCGAAGACGAUCCAGACCCGUACGGAGUGAAAGCGUUGGAGGCCGAGGGCCUGUUCAUUCGGGAGGCCGGCACCAAGGUGAGGCCAAGCCUUGAUGUUUUUGAAUUUCGGCCACACCACAACAGCCCCGUGUUCACUACGCUCUCGCGGCGCAGCGCGGACAGCUCGCCGCGGAAUAGCUGGCGCACCAGCAGCUGGCGCGCGAGUGUCCAGAGCUACACGAGUGCAGACCGUGGCACACAAACUGAUGACGCUCCGCUAACUGCGCCGACGUCAGUAAGCCGAACAUCCUCCCGCAGCGCGAAGGAGGAGUCGACCGACCUUGCGGCGCAACAGAGCCCGUGGGAUGAGGAACCCGUUCGUUGGGAUGCUGAGGAAGAGAAAGAGCAGGAUGACGAACAAGUGGAUUAUAUGCAUGAAAUCGACUCUGAGGAUGACCUGGAAGUGCACGAAGUGAGCAACGCUACCGUCACUCAGCACGAGGCUGUCAUGACUACCCCGACCCUGGUGGAAGAGGAAUCCAGCGACUCCAAGUCCAAGUCACCCACUUUCACCCGUGCUCGCCUGGUCACCAUCGCGAAGGCAAAGCGUCCCACGCCGCCUGCGCUUCCUCCCCGCCACCCGCAGCAUCACCCGCAGCACAUCUGGGGUUCUGAAUCCAGCCAGGAUUCCACUUCUCCAACCGCCCUCUCGCACUCCAGUCACAGCACAGAGCCCACUGAAUCCAACGAGCGCUCUGAGUCUGCUGAGCCUAUCAAAUCUGUUGAGCCUAUUAAUGACCUUCCUUCCAACGUUAAAACACUGCAGGUCAGCGCAGUUGUUCCUGCCGUUACCGAUGAAGAUUUUGAUGAAGACGAUGUGGAGUCAAUUCCUGAGACACCGCUUGACACGGAGGAAUUCCACUCUAUUGACGGUGAUUACGAGUCGGAUGGUGGCCACGAGUCGGAUGUUGAAGACGCUACUAUCGUGAAGGAGGAUCUCCCCGCUGAACGGAAAGAGUCAGUUGAGACUGUCUCUCUUGACCAGCCGGAGGCUACAGCAGAGCAAGAGCAAGAGCAAGAGGAAGCGCAAGAGCAAGAGAAAGCGCAAGACCAAGAGGAAGCGCAAGAGCGAGAGCAAGAGCAAGAGGAAGAGGAAGCGCAAGAGCAAGACCAAGCACAAGAACACAGGCCCGAGACACCCACUGAACCGCUUGACCACAAGCUGGGAGAGAUCCACAUCGACGAGUCGCGUCCUAACACGGAGGCUGACACCGAAGCCGACAAGGCUGUGACUAGCUCUGUCUCUGCCGAGACUGCUUAG